AUGUCCGUCCCCGAAAAUUAUCCCGUACUCGUUCAUUGCACGCAAGGCAAAGACCGUACAGGCAUUGUGAUCGCCCUCGCCUUGUCAUGCGCCAACAUCCCCCUCGAACAAAUCCUCCUCGACUUUUCUCGCUCUCAAAAGGGCCUGGCCUCCCAGCGUGAUACCAUGGUGAAGGAAAUGGCUAAAGCGGGACUGGAUCCCUCUUUUUCUGAUGCCCCCGAAAAUGUUAUGAGGGAUACUUUUGGUUAUAUUGUUGAUAAGUAUGGAAGUGUUGAAGAGUAUUUGGAGACCAAGGGUUUUACAAAAGUUUGGAGGGAGAGGCUGAAGGCUUGUUUGACGGCUUCGGACGAGGGUAGACAAGAGUAG